GCGCGCGCAGACCACUCGUGUACUAGAGGCGGGUCGCUUUUUCAGAUUCGAAAAUCGAAUAGUGAAAUAGAAGUCUCCGCUUAGUUUUACAGAGUGUCGGGAGCGGUCGAAGACAGUUGGGGGGAAAACAAUAAUUUCAAAAAAUUCGUUUCCUAAAAGAUGUAUUUGUUAAUAAUACAUAAAAAAGUGGACAUGUCCUUAUCAAUACAGUAGACUGAUAAAUUAUAUUCUUACCACUGAGUGGCUCCUUGGUUGUAACGAGAUGAUUAGCAACCUAUGGAUUAUUCUGAUGAUCGUGCAAUGUGCUCUCGUUGCUACGAGGCCAACGCAGACUCUGAAGGGAGAUGAAGCCACAUUUCAUAGACACAAUUAUGAUGCUCAAAAUAAACCAAAUGAUGAAAAAGAUGAACAAGUGAUAUCUGUAAGGAUUACCUCAUCUAUAGCAGUGGGACGGAGCAAUGCUAAACUAGCCCACAAAGUACAUAGUAGUAAUGUUGAAUCAAUUCUCAACAGUCCAGAGUCAACAAAUUUAGAAAGUAACAAAAAUACUUAUGCUAAUGUAGAAAAUGAAACCAAAACGUCAGAAAUACCGCCAAAAUUUAUAGGAGCAAAUAUAGAAUUCUUAAAACAACUCAAUGCUAAGAAAGACGCACAACAACACAAUACAGACCAAGUCCAUCCUUUUCAAAUGAGAGUUGAAGGUCAAUUUCCUGAAUAUAAUAAUAAUCAAUUUGAUUCAAACGCUGCAGAAAAAGAUAAAAUAAAAUUCGAGAAUGAACAGCCUAAAGACUCUUUAGCUGAAGAGUCGUUACAAGUUAAUUCGUUCGAAACAAGUAGUGAUAUCCUCCGAGCUGUCCCAGCAUUACAGUCUGUGGAAAAAAUACGAACUGAUAGGUUACUGAAACAGGUCGGAAAUAAAAUGUUUCAUCAUAACUCCGAAUUUAAUACGAAAAGUAACGAAACUUAUGACACCAUUGCCGAACCAUCAAACAAAUCGAUACUUACAAUCACGAAUCAGAAUGACGAGAUUGAAAACGAAAAUAUAGAAAAUGUUCCUCUAGCAAGAUCGGUAUCUCAUACACCAUCUUCGAGAAACUAUAUUCAAGGUCAUAAACACGUAUCGCCUGGUGAAAGGGGGAACAGUCCGAGCUUGACGACUGUCAGUUUUAAUGUAGUGCACGACACACCUAACCAGUCUAAUAGUUUCAAUAAUGAACCUAGUAACACAUUUGUUAAAAACAAUGAUGAGCCGCACAAAUUGUAUGAUCCGCCUAAAGUAUACAGUGAACCAGCAAAAAUUUAUAGUGAGCCAGCAAAAUUUUACAGCGAACCCGCAAAAAUUUAUAGCGAGCCAGCGAAAAUUUAUAGUGAACCAGCCAAAAUAUACAGUGAACCAGCUAAAAUUUACAGUGAACCUGCUAAAUUCUACAGUGAACCAGCGUCCCUUCAUUUAGGCCCGGAUCUACCGAAUUACACGCCUUGGAAUAACCCUACACAGAGCACUGCAAUAACGAAUACGCCUUGGCAAAAUACAGCUCUAUCUAGUUUAGUAACUUCAACAACUCCGUCUACUUUUAACACUUUAUCAACGAGAUUAGUAAACACUCAACACAAUCAAUUACCUGAGAAAAAUUACGAAGUUGAUGAGAAAUUAAGCGUCCUUACCGAUGGUCGUAGUCACGGUGUUCAAGAAACGACUACAGAAAAAUGUAAGCAAGAUAACUGUAAAGUCGGUUACGUGGUUGAAGGUCGACAGUAUAAAAAAUAUAGAGUCGAAGAAAGGACACCAGAUGGAUUUAUAGUUGGAGAGUAUGGAGUGGUCCGAAAUGAAGACGGGGCUCUAAGAGGCGUCCGUUACACGGCAGAUAGUGACGCUAGUCCCCGCCUUAUAUACGAUGCACUCAUGAAGUUCCUACAGUUAUAAAAUAACCAGACCUACUCAGACUUAUUUGCUCACUUUUAUUACCGCCAGCUUAUUUUUUUUUUUUUAUUGUAUACGUAUGACCAGUGGCGUAACUACAGAGUGGAGCUGGAAUAGGCCCCCGGUCAGAGGAGACUCCUUACUCCUGACAUUUAUUAUUACGCAAUUAGUAAAAAAAUUGAAUAUCCGAUGAAUUUGUCACGGGCCUCAAACGGUAUAGUUACGCCACUGCGUAAGACUGAUUUAUCAUUUGUCCGCUUUUCAAUUCAUCAUUAAAUUUAAAAGAAAAAUAAUCACUUUUUAUUAAAUCAAUCUUUCUAUUUGUAAGUUUAAGCCAUUUCCCUGUAAAUUAAUAAAACAUACACUAUUUAAAAAGGUUUCAUUUACAUUAGACAAACGCUAAUAGCGAUUAUAAUAUUAUUGUAUCAAUCAUUUACAUUUAAAGAUAGGGAUAAGCUCAAUCUUUUGGGAGUUGUUAUAAUAAUGUUGUACUCUUUUGGGAGUUUCAAGUGAUAAUUAAAAUAGUGCUGUGCCAUGUUCAGUUAAAUAGACAAAUAUUGAUUUUAAUUACGUAUUAAUAUUAUUGUAACAGAUGUACUCGAUUACUGGACGUUAAGAAGCUUGAUGUAAGUGGUGUAAAUAAAUAAUGUACAUAAAUCGAUAAAAUCUACUAUGACGCGAAUUUCUUUUACACUCCUAGAACAUUAAAUAAUAUUGU